AUGUUCUUGUCUCUACGCGCUCUCGUCCUCGUCCUCUCUUCGCUCGCGCUCUGCCAUGCUGCCGCGCUCGACGGGCCAUCGCUGGAGCGCCGAGACGCGCGGCCGACUCGCACACAGACCAACGCCGCUGCUGCGGCGACGAUCCUGACGCCGGAAGAGGCUUGCGUGCGCUAUCACCUGCCGGAAGUGACGAAGCUGCUCGACGAAUUCCCUCCUUUGUGGCAGACGGCAACGCCCGUCAGCCAGGCGGCCAAGGAUCUCUUCGCCGCCAUCGAGCCGGGCAUUCCUGACAUUGCCAUCAAGGGCCAGCCUCCGGCAGCAGGCGUGGCGUCGACGGGCUACAACGUGACGGAGGAUCCCGACUGCUGGUGGACGAGUCCCUUGCACUGCGUCACGCCCAAGCAUGCCGGCCUGCCCGACGACCUUUACCGCUGCGAAGAGCCGCGCACGCUCGGUCUCACCUUCGACGACGGCCCCAAUUGCUCGCACAAUGCGCUCUACGACGAGCUGAACCGUCGGAACCAGGCGAGUGGCAGCUGUGCUGCUGGCAGAGCACGUCACUCACCUCAGACGCUCGAACAGAAAGUCACACUCUUCUACAUCGGCAGCAACAUUGCGAUGUGGCCGCUCGAGGCGCAGCGGGGCAUCGUCGACGGCCACGAGGUCUGCUUGCACAGCUGGUCGCACCCGUACCUGACCGGCCUCACCAAUGAGGAGGUCUGGGCCGAGCUGUACUACAGUCUGCGCAUCUCGCAGGCCGUCAUGGGCAUCACGCCGACCUGCUUCCGCCCGCCGUACGGCGACAUCGACGACCGCGUGCGGUACAUUGCCAACUCGCUGGGCGUGCGCGUCAUGAUCUGGAAUGCGGACACGCACGACUACGAAGCAUCGCUGCUACCUUCCGAGGAGAUGGGCAGGGCGCAGGUCCUCGACAACUACGCCGCGCUGGAGGAGUCGGCACGCAACGGCACAUUCGACCGCUCGGGCGCCGUUGUGCUGUCGCACGAGCUGCGCAAUCUGACCAUGCAGCUCGCUGUUGAGGCGCUGCCGGGCCUGCAAGAUGCGUUCGAGCAUGUCAUGCCCGUCGGCGUGUGCGCCAACAUCACGCGUCCGUAUCUCGAGGACAUCCUCUCUCCCAACUUCGGCGACUACGCCGCCGGCAACCUGCUGCCGCUCGGCCUGCCCGCCGGCGGCUUCAUGCGCAUUGCCGACACGCUCGUGCCCGAGGCCGACGUGGGCCAGACGAUUCGAGCGUUCACUGCUGCGCACCCGCCCAACCGCACGCGCCAGGCGGAUGUGCUGCUCAACACCGUCUUCCCCACGACGCCGUACGCGGCGAAUGGCAACAUGACGCUGCCGCCGCCGGGCCCCGAGCCGCCGCUGGGCUCUGCGCUGCUGCGCACCGCCAUCAUCCUCGGCACGGGCGCCGGCGUGCUGCUCGUCACGCUGCUCGUCGUCGUGCGCAUCCUGCUGCGCAACCGCAAGCCGAAGCCGUCGAGCAAGACCGAGGUGGCCGGCACCGCGCCGGCUGCUGCCGCAUCCGCGACGAGCGUCGCCGGCGAGACGGACGCGGGCAGCGAGCCGUACAAGGUGCACCUCGGCGACGCGACGCCGAUGAGCGAGGCCUCGGGCACGCUGCGCCGCUGA